UCCGCGGCGGUCGGCGCGAGCGCACGAUGCACGCCAAAUUGCUGGUGAUCGCGGCGCUGCUUUGCGCUGCGCGUGCGCAUACGUACAACUGUAGUAGACGGUCCGCUACUCUCCUGCUCAAGCGGCCCGCGUACGAGUUCUCGGUGAAGCUUCUCGAACGAGUAGCCCAACAGGAUGCGGGACAUUUUGUUUAUUCACCACUCUCAACUUGGCUCCAACUGUUAUCUGUAGCUGAAGGCGCGAGGGGACAAACCUUACGCGAGCUAUGGAACAUAACAAAACACCACAGGAACAGAUGCUUCAAGAAGCAGCUCAGCACGAUCCUGUUCCGCAUCAACAGGGACUUAAAGCACACAUCCAGGAGACGCGGAAUCAUCAUCGUCGACAAGUUCAUGAACGUCAAAAAUAGUUACAUACGCGAUGUACACAGACUGUACGGAAUCAAAACAUUGUUAGAGAACUUUAACAACCCAGAGAAAUCUGCAGCAAAAGUUAAUAAAUUCGUGAGUUACGGCACAGAGAACCAAAUCCCCGAAGUAGUGUAUUACGAUGACUUUAUAAACACAGUGUUUUUGAUGACCGACGCGAAUUACUUCAAUAACACGUGGAAGGCGCCUUUCAACCCAGAAUUUACAAGAGAGGAGCCGUUCUACUCAUCGUCGUAUGGUGAUCAGAUUGGAACAGUUAAUAUGAUGACGCAAACCGGCUACUUCCUCAUGACAGAAUUCCCGAAGAUCAAUGCUAGAGUGUUGGAGUUGCCGUUGUCGGACCGCAAGUUUUCGUUCCUGAUCUUCCUGCCACUAAGGGGUGGCGUGUGGAUUGGCGAACUCCUCUACUCGCUGGAGAUGACGCGACUCACUUCUGUGUACAAUAUGUUCAGGCACACCGGCCUGCAGCUCGUGAAAGUCAAGAUACCCAGGUUCAAGAUCACCACCAACAUCGAGAACUUACCGGAGCUUAUCCACGACAUGGGUGUGAAGAGAAUCUUCAACCCAAACCUUGCUGAAUUGUCGCGUAUUAGUAACUAUAAGAUGUAUGUAUCUUUAAUGACACAGAUCUCCGAAGUGGAAGUCACUGAGAGGGGGAGUAAGGGCGCGUCGGGCAUUCCCGACACCCUAAUCAAUGAUAAAGGGGCGGUUGAGUUCAUUGCUAACAAGCCUUUCGCGUUCAUGAUAGUUGAUAAGGAAACAGAAUUCAUUAUGUACGCUGGUAUGUAUUCGAAUCCUUCUUUAUAUUAAAAUAUUCAAAUACAGUAUAUUAACUGGACAGAAAUCGGUUAUUAGAUAAUAGCGAGGAAAUAGGUUGGUGACCGGAAGAUUUUCAUCUGCCAAUGUUAUCAAUUUGACCUGUGUAAUAAUUAUGAUACUGAGAAAUUAGCAACUCGCAAUAGACAUUAUUGAUAAUGGUUUUAAUUAGUCACUAUUCUGGUAAUUUCUACGUCAAAUAAUUAAAAUUUAAAUAUCGUUUUUGAUUCACUAUAUACCUAGCCUAGAAUGCCCUAGAUAACCUUAGGAUGGGAAAUAUAUACUUAGUUUUGGUCGACUGAAUUCAACAGAGGAAGGUGACCAUAAUCAGAAUUUUGAUAAUUAUUAACCCUAUACUCUAUCAAAACAUUUUCAGACGUAAAAUCGUUGUAAAACAGUAACACUACAUAAAUAGAGUUACGAUGUAAUAAUACAAGAAAUUACUUGUUUACAGUCACAAAAACAUAUUAUAUAUUGCUGAGGUACCGCUAGUUGUUCACAAUCUGUUUAAUUAAUUACACGGUUGUAAAUUGUAAACACAUCGAUAGAGAUAUAAGGGUGAAAUAACCGGUAUUUUUAAUUGAGGAAGGCAAGGGAAUGAUUGACAUGCAGUCUCGUUUCAAAAAGGUUUUAAUAUUAGUUUCAAUGGUUAUUUUAAUUGCUUUUUUUUAAGUUUUUGUUCAAUUAUUUCGGAUGUUUAAGUGUGUCGAACCUAAUAUAAAUGUACUAUGCAUUGAGUAGACUGGUCUAUCGUUUGUGUCUGGGUAGAAACAGAUAGAUUUUCUAUUUCUGACGCCUAGUAAAAGUGUAAAACAGUGAGAUUUUGAAAGUAAACAUUAAAGGUUAACAGGCACUGUUCAGUUUUUGUAAUGCAAUAAGUUGUUUCUACUGUUUAUUGGCAGUAUUUUAUUAAGCAAGCUAUUUGCUUGUUUAGUCAUUAAUUUAUAAAAGUAUAACAAGAUGCAUUUCAGUCAACUGUUAUGUUCGUUAAGAUUUAUUAUUUCCAAUGACUGUCUUACAAAUAAUUUUCUUUGGCAAUAUUUUAGUUUUGAUAUCGGAACGAACGCCUAGACAUACUUAUAUGUAUCGGUAUCACUUUGUAAGUUUAUCGAUCGCCCAUUUCCUGUUAUGUAAGACCGCAUAGAAUCCAGACCGGUUAUCAAGCCCUAUGUUCUCAUUCCUUUGCCUAGAAUAUUCCAUUCAACCGCCCCGACUCGUAGCUUCAACAAAUACGAAAAAACGAAAAAUUCGCUAAACAAUUGUACUUAAUUGCUUUUCGAUUCGAUUUUUAAAUAGGCAUAACUCUUAUCCAUGAGAUGUUUUGCUUUUAAGGAAAAAAAUACUUAGAUUUGAAACAAAUAUUUGCAAUGUCACAAAUAUUUGUAUCAUGGUGGUAUUCCAAGGUUUUGUUUCCAGUCGAUUUACGAACACAUUCAUUAUUUUAUUAUUAUAUUAAGUAUGUUAUAAUACCAAACAUUAAUGUUCUUAUAUUUAUUUGUAAAUAUUAUUUUAAGACUAAUAUUAAGGCAUGUGCACGCUGACUUGGUGAUAGUAAAAAUGCAUUUUCCAGUAUCUUCCUUUUCAAAUAAGUUUAUCAAAAUUUGUUUAGUAUUUUUACAUUUUUAGGAAAGUCGAGCCUCUGUUACUUAUGAUUGUUUGUAUGUGUAACGUUGCAUAAGAAUAAUUAUUGUUGUAUUUAAAGGAUCUGAUAAAUUUUAUUAAGGUUUGUGUGGAAAAGUUUUUCAGUCAAAAACAUUUUGAUAUAGAUACAUACAGUAUUGUGUUAUUAACUGACAAUAUUUUAUUUGUCUUUUAUUAUAAAAAAAAAUGUUAUAAAAAAGCAUUUAAAUUAAAAAAAUAUCUAUUUUAUAAUAUUUUUUUGAUUUCAAAAGCCUUUGAAACGUCCUAAGGACAUUUUUCACUGAGCUGAAUUAUAUUAAUCUCUAUAAAAACUGUUAAAGAAUUCCCAUGUAAAUACGGCGCUAAAACGAAAUUUAAACAUCAGAGGUGUGAAAACUACUUAAGGCCGAAAAUAAGAUUGCCUGAAGGCCGAAUUCGGCAAAUGGAUUUUGUCUGCGGUUGAUACGAGUGUAGUUCCUAGUUGAGAUAAGCCGUGAGUACUACGCUUAUUUGUUAUUGUAAUAUGACCUUCGUUAAUUCAUUGUCAAGUUUUCCAUUUAGAUUCGUUCAUGCAAAUUUUCUUCUGUUAUUUGUUGUAUUUAAAUGACUUGAAUUUUAGAGAUUGAAUCUGCUCGAAAGUCGGUUACGAAGCCGAAUUUCGGCCUAUUUAAAAUUUAUGAAUUUUUGUGAAGAUACGUUGAUUGUUGUAAAGUUAAUGCAUUUUGUUAAUGUAAUUUUAAAGUAUAAAUACGUCACGCAACAAACGGCUUAUUUUCGGGAACAAAUAUAUAAACCAUACGUCAUGUUUUUUUAUAUUAAAAUUAGGUUGUGACCCUAAAAAUUGUUAAAUAUAGGAAUAUAGUAUAGGUUAUUUCACUUAAGCGACAUUAAGUUUCAUAGAUAUUUAAAUACAGCACUUUUUUAUGUUUUUUUUACCAAGUUAAAUUUUUUCGAAAAUGUCGUUUAAGUCAAUUAGCCUUUUAACUAUCGAUAUAAAUUGAUUCCUUGUUCAAAAUUGUGCAAAUUUUAUAAAUUAAAAAAUGCUACCAACGCCAUAGUUUAUAACAAUAUAUUCUCAAUAUUAUGUUAAGACCUUUUUUAUUUAUAUUGAAAGAAGAAAUCUUGUAUUUUGUUAUUAAUUAGUACAAAAUGCACUUAUUUGGUUAAAAUAAGGCCCAUUGUACAAAAUUAUUAAACAAAAUUUUUCCAAUAUUAUUUUUAAAUUAAUGCCUAACAAAUCCACUAUUGCUUAACUUUCUGAACAAAAAGAAUAAGAUUUUUUCGUUACGUGUAAAUAAGUUAUGUGAUGUGUGUAAAGGAACGUGAAAUUAAACAAAGAGUAUUUUUAUAAUAAAUUUUAUUUAAAACAACUAUUGAUAACAAAAUAUACUUAUUAAUAUUUAACAAUAUCUUGAUUAUGACUAGUAUCACAAUGACAGCCUCCAAUAAUGGACAAUUAGACGGUGGCAGGACUUAUAUAUACAUUUAUGGCUUAUUUCUGUGAAAAUAUUUUUUUUUACACUCAUAACAGUCGCAUAAUUCAAAUAUUAAAGGCAUUUUUCUUAAAUCGAAAAAUAAAGAUUAAUAAUAAUGGUAUUUUAUACUGUAUUAUUCACAAUAAAUAAAAUCAAAUUAUAACCUAACUGAAUAGAGCUGUCAGAAAAAAUAUUUACUCUAUUCAUACUACAGCAUUUUUUUAUUUCCUCGUGUUAUAUUUUAAAUGAAUAACUUCUAAAUGAUAAAACGUCAUUUUAAUAUUUUAUUGUUGAAUUAUAAUAAUAAGAUGCCUACUUCAGGAUGUCUCAGUAAAAGUAAAUCAUCUUGUAGGACGACCAAAUAUAAAGGUCAUGCUCCCAAAUCGACACUUGAAAGGCAAUCUAAGCGACAAAUAUACCGAAAAUUAAUUAUAUAAAUACUUAGAAUCGUCAUAUUUUUCUGCGUCAUUUGAUCUAGGUUUUGUAGGUCUAGGACAAUUUUAAUAUCAUUAGACUAUAUCUUUAUAAAAAGUUGAAUUGUUCAUAUUCAAAUCAAAACUUUAAAACACUACUCAAAAAUUUACUGAUUGUCGCUUAGAUAUGUUUGCCUUUCAAAUGUCGAAUUAAAUCGAAACGAAAUAGUACAUUUAACAUCAUCUGACUAUACAUUAAAAUGACAUUAUGCUUUACUUGAAUAUUGUGAAAUAGGUCCUAAAAUGAAGUAACAACUAAUAUAACUUUUACUUAAACAUCAGUCUUACUUAUAAACUUGUUUUAGCGUUAAGAGGUGGUUAAGAAUUGCUUAAAUAGCUGUCAAAACAUCACCGGUUCAUAGUUUAAACCUUAUUAAAAGACAAGAUGGCGGGUUUUAACUUACAGCUGAUCGAGUAAAUUUGUGUUUUAACCAAGCAUAACAUUGUGAAAUUUUUAUAAGUAAGACUGAAGGUUAGCGUAACAUGUCUCAAUAUUUUCUUCCCAAGCGUAAUUAUGGAAGCUAUAAAAAGAAAUUUAAAGGCCUUGACGAAAUUGACAGCGAAGUAAUUUUCAUUGUGAGGUAAUUACCGCGACUUCAAUGCGAAGGUAAUUAGGUUUUUGUACGAGUAUGAAAAAAUCAAUCGUGUUAAUUUCGUCGACAUUACCAUGUAUAAUGAAUGGGUAAUCGAAUUUUUAAAUACAUCGAUGACAAGUAGGAUCGAUUAUGAAACGACACUCGACCAUGAGAAAUGUCGUAACGAUAUAUCGUUCCGACCACGCCGUUUACGAUACGAUUUUUUUAGUGUGCGAAAUGCCUUAUAUAGUGUGUCACAUAUAAUUAACAGAUUUUUAUUAUUACAUGUUGUAAUACCAAGAUGCGGAUUGAUGCUGCAUUCUAGUCAUCUAGUUCUGACUAGCUCACCGUCUAAUCUAUGUAAUUUAAGAAAUAAAAUAUUAAACCAUC